UGGAGAGAGAGAUAUCCUUCCGUACGGAGACAGGGCUUUAUUACUCCUACUACAAACAACUCGUCAAUGCGCCCACCAUUGCACAAGGUUUGUAUGAGCUGGUCCAUGACAACAUCACCGAACACGGCAAGACUAUUAACAUCCUGGAGCGGUUUAACAUCUACCAGGAGGUAGUAAUGGCGCUGAUGUACAGGAUCUUGUCUUUACAGAAAACAGUAGAACCGAUGUACUUCUACAUCCAUACCGUGUUUGGGUUCCAUGCUGUACUGCUCAUGUCCUUAUAUGGGACCACCUGGCUGCUGUCUGGCUCCUGGUUGGCUGGAAUUUUAUCUGCAGCAUUUUAUAUCUUCAACAAUGCUGACACCACCCGGGUAUGGUUCAGCAUUGCUGGGCGGGAGAGCUGGGCCUUUCCUUUCUGGUACAUGCAGAUGUUUCUCCUGACAGUGUUCUUCCAUCCAAACCUCCAUCGCAAUCUUAAGGUGGUGACUGUUGUGCUCCUGUGUAUCUGUACCUUCUGUUUCACCCUGACAUGGCAGUUUGCACAGUUCGCUCUGCUUCUCCAGGCCAUGACUCUGUUUGGAUGUGCAGUCCUGGAUGUCAUCCCAGCAAAAAAGAUCAGACAGGUUUGGCUCAUCCAGGCAGGGAGUCUUCUGGCCGUCUGUGUCUGUCAGUUCUUUAACAAGAUGGUCCUCUGUUCACUGGUUCUCAGCUUUAUCCCUUCUGCCAUGCUCACCAUUGCAUUCAAGGAGCAGUUCUUGACCAGAAGAAGUCUCCCAUCGCAGCUUGCUGGGCUUGUUCUGAAUGUCAUCCUGGUGAUGAUGUCAAUGCUACUAUUUAACAAAAUUAUCAAGCGGCCACAGCUAGCCUAUCAUGCCAUUUCUGCAGCCGUGUUUGGCUGUUUAGCAGUCUCUACCAAGAGGUUCAAAUAUCUGUGGACCCCGCACAUGUGCGUGUUAGCUGCUGCUGGGGUGGCUGAUUUUGAGGCUUGGAAAAUUCUUUUGAAAAAGUUGCAUAUAGACCUAUCGGAGGCUAAGGCCCUGCCUACAACUCUUGAAGAGGUAAAGCAGCGGAAUGCGUUUCAUGACCCAGACACAGUUCAGCUCAUGGAGUGGAUCAAAAAGGAAACCCCGGCUACUGCAGCCUUCACCGGCAGUAUGCAGCUGAUGGCAGGUGUGAAACUCUGCACGGGACGUCCCAUCACCAACCAUCCUCACUACGAGGACAGGGACCUGCGCAUCAGAACCAAACAGUUGUACCAGAUCUAUGGUAGGAGGCAUCCUAAAGAGGUUCAUGCCAUUCUCAAGGCUCACGGCACCAGGUACAUCAUUGUAGAGAACAGCAUCUGCUAUGAGAGAGGUCAGGUGCACGGUGUCGGCUGUCGACUUCGGGACCUUGUGGACAUGAGCAAUCACCAUGUUGUUGAAGGAGGGAUUAGAGGCCCCAAGGACCACCCUGCGGCACACCCCCGCUUCUGUCACGCCGUUCAGAGUGGGGCACCACAAUAUAGAAUAUACUUCACUGUGGUUUUUCAGAACAAGACUUUCCGUACUUACAAGGUAUCAUAAAAACUGAGAUCUGCAUGUGAAGCCAGGCUGGAGGCCUGCCCGCCUUAGACCAAGC